CUAGAAAGGACAACCUCUUUCAGAAGCAAGAAGAGGGGAGACAUUUGUGCUUCUGGACAUUUAUCAUUGUCACGAUGGAGCUGGGCCUUGUAGGUACAGUUCUUCUUAUCUCCUGUGUCACCCUCCUGAUUUACCUCAUCACACAGAGGGACAAAAAUAAGUAUGAGAACCUGCCCCCGGGACCUUCUCCACUGCCCCUGCUGGGAAAUAUGCUGCAGAUUAACCCUUCGGAAUUACCCCAGUCCUUGGUUAAGCUGAGCGAGACAUAUGGACCUGUGUACUCGAUUCAUCUUCUUGGCCAACAUUCUGUCGUACUCAUUGGGUGCGACACAGUGAAAGAAGCUCUGCAAGACAAUGGGGAUUCCUUUAACGACCGGGGGAAAAUGGAACUGAUUGAAAGACUGUUUAGAGGAAGCGGUAUCAUUGUGACAAACGGGGAAACAUGGAAAACAAUACGUCGGUUCUCUCUCAUGACCUUGAGGAAUUUUGGAAUGGGGAAGAGAAGCCUAGAGGAGAGAAUACAAGAGGAAGCUCAGUGUCUCUCGGAAACUUUCAGAAAGAAUAAAGAUGCUCCCUUUGAUCCAACUGAUAUGCUGGGACAAGCCGUAUCCAAUGUCAUUUGCUCAGUUGUAUUUGGUGAGAGAUUUGAUUAUGAAGAUGAACAUUUUAAAAGUCUUCUGUCGAACUUUAGAGAAAUCCUCAAAGAUUUAAAUUCAAGGUCUGGCCAGCUUCUUCAGAUGUUUCCAAAUGCACUCAGCCACAUUCCCGGUCCACACCAGAGAGUUUUUAUGCAUUUUGAGAAACUUCGUCAGUUUGUGAAGGACAUGGUGCAAUCUCACCGAAAGACACUGGACGCAAGCUGCCCACGUGACUUCAUAGACAGCUUCCUGAUAAGGAUGGAAGAGGAAAAGAAUAAUCCUAAAACGGAAUUUCAUGAGGAUAAUUUAUUGGGAACGAUAAGAGAUUUGUUCUUUGCUGGGACAGAGACUUCAAGCCUGACUCUACGAUAUGGAUUCGUAAUUCUUCUCAAGUACCCAGAGAUACAAGAUAGAAUCCACAAGGAGAUCGAUCAUGUAAUUGGUCAAAAUCGUUGCCCUUCAAUGGAUGACAGAAGUAAAAUGCCUUAUACGGAUGCUGUGGUCCAUGAAAUUCAGAGAUUUUGUGAUAUUGUGCCUACUGGGUUGCCCCGUGCAACCACCAAAGAUAUAGUCUUCAAAGGUUACAACAUUUAUAAGGGCACUGUGGUUUUGCCAAUUCUGACAUCUGUCCUGAAGGAUCCUAAGUACUUUAAAAACCCUCAUACGUUUGACCCUGUUCAUUUUCUGGAUCAGAAUGGCUGCUUUAAGAAGAAUGAUGCCUUCAUGCCAUUCUCUACAGGUAAACGUAUUUGUGCUGGGGAGGGUCUGGCUCGUAUGGAGAUAUUCCUCUUCUUCACCACCAUCUUACAAAAUUUCACCCUGAAACCAACAGUGGAUAAUGAAGACAUUGAUAUCACUCCAGAGCCAAACACCAAUUCUUCAGGACCUCGGAUCUACCAGAUGUAUGCUGUGUCUCGUUGGAAAGCCUAAACAUAUGGAUAGAUCUGGAUAAAUCCUCAGCUAUGCUUAUUUGUGAAUACUUUGGAAGCGAGACCAGUUAGAGCAGCAAGCUGUAGGGGUUGUUGUUCUUAUAUAAUUAACCUUGAAAUUAGACAUUUUUCUUUUCUGUAUCUGAUUUCUAAAUAACAGUGAAUGAAUAAUUGGUUGUGUUAAAGUCCAAUCAUUGACCAUGUGUUUAACUGUUUAUCACUAAUGAGCUAGAGCUUUGUUGUUAUUAUUAUUAAUAAUAACCAUUUUUGCAAGAAUGUUUGUUCAGUCUGUCUGUCAGCUCCAAUAUAAUAUACCCAGAUGC